UCGAAGAUUUAUUCUGCACUCACAAACCCUAUAAAUAGCGUAAUGUGUAUUGUCUAUAAAUGCGUAGGUCAUAAUGGAUAUUUCAUUUAAAAGUAAAAUAUUGGUACUAGUUCAUUCAUAAUUUACAUAACGUACCCUUGUAUCCACAAGUCUCUGGAUAAUACACAGUACACUACACAACAAGUAUCGGCAAUUUCCCCUCAUUCAAUCUGCACCGAAUUCUCUAACCUUACAGUUUAAUUACACAAAUUAAGUGAUAUUCACAAAUUCUAAACAUGUCUCGAAAUUUACUCCGUUCCCUCCGUACACAAACUACAGAACUUUUUGUACUUGCAUGCCUUGCAUUUGUCUUGGUUUUAUUCUUGUACAGAGAAAAUAUUCCCAGAGCACAUAACAUAAUUUUGUCAUAUCUGCCGAAUCGAAGUCCCGUUGAUAUCUUUAACACGCCACUUUCUCCCACUGACCCUGCCGUCAUAAAAUAUUUGCAUGAACAUCACCUCGUCCCUCCCCCUCCGAAAGAAGAGCCGUAUCAGAUCGCUGCGACCGUUGAUGGCCUCUCAUCACGGGCGAUGGCAUACGUCGACAUUCUCGAGGCCUCCACAAAAAAAGGAUUUUUCAUAGAAUGUGGAGCCAAUGACGGAGAGUUUAAUACUAACACUUUUGGUCUCGAAGCAAAGUAUAAUUGGGAUGGUUUGCUGAUAGAAAGCUCAUCUUCGCUAUUUAAAAUCAUGGAGAAGAAGAAAAGAAAGGCAUGGUUGGCGGAUGUGUGUUUGAGUGGAUCCAUCGAAAAAAUGGAGUUUCUAAUGUCCAACAAAACCGACUGGAGUUGGAGGUUUGCCACGGGAAAACUAAAACCUGGAAAAUAUAAGGAACCAAGGGAAGAUCCAGUUUGGGGCUAUAAAAAAGAAGACUACAACGUAGAAGGAAUUGUGGACUGUUUUCCACUUGAAUCUGUGCUUGCAGCUAUUAACGUAACAACUGUCGACUUUUUUAGUUUGGAUGUUGAAGGGCAUGAGUAUGAAAUACUAAAAAAUAUUCCAUUCGACAGAAUUCAUAUUAAGGUUUUGUUUGUCGAACACUAUUGGAUUCCUGAGGGAGGUGAAGUUCUCAAAAAGUUUUUGGGUGAAAAAGGGUUUGAAGUAGUAAAAGAAACGUCACAGGAUUACUUAUUCAAGAAAAAAUAAGAACAAUAAUGCGGUUUUGAUGUAUAAUCAAGUAUUUGGUUGUGAAGUUAGAUAUUUUUGUACAUAUUCAUACAUACAUACAAACAAUAUUUGGUGCUGUAUUUAUUAAAUAGAGAGGUCAUGAAUUUUUGUUUGAGAUAAAUUACGGCCUAAAAUUCGGCCUGGAUGUUAGCCGACACAAUUAUUUAGCUCAAGCAAUACAAAUUUAUUAUAUGUA